GAGCCAGCACGACGGAAGCUACCUCAGAGGUUCAGACAUGUCAGAGGCCGGCGAUCCCCUCGACCCCCUCCCGGCGGCGAUCCUCGCCGACGUCCUCGGCCGCGUCGCCGACACCGGGGACCUCGCGGCUUGCCGCCUCGCCUCGCGCGCGCUCCUCGCCGCCUCCUACCACUGCCCGCGGGUGAGCCUCAGCGCGGCCGCCCGCGCACGCCGCCGCCGCCGCGAGGGCGUGGUUGGGGACGGGGGAGCCGCCUUCCGCUCGGCCGCCGCGAACUUCGCCGCGCUCAUCGGGCCGUACCUUCGCUCCCUCGCGCUCGACGCGUCCGAGGGGCAUGGUUUCCCCGACGACGCGAUGUGGGUGGAGGAAGGGGAGUUCGACGAGGGCGACGACCUGCACCUCACCACCGGGGAGUCCGUGGCGUCGUGGGCGGCAACUGCCGCUGGUCCCGCCCUCCGGGAGGUGGACAUCGCCGACUUCUGGCCGCAGUCGUGCUGGCGGAAGGCGGAGGCGCUUCCCGUCAUCUCCCGCCUAUGUCAUAAUCUCGUUAAACUGAAGCUGAAAAAUGCAUGGCUAUCUGUUGCUCGGCUCAAGAUAAUGCCAACUCUGACUCAUCUGGCACUUGAGUUCAUUAGAUUAGAUGACGAGGACCUCAGCGCACUGAAUAGAUGUUUCCCUUGCCUUGAGACUCUCAACCUUAUUGGAGUCGGAGGGCUUAAGGACCCGAAAAUUGACCUUCCCCAACUGAAGACUUGCUGCUGGGAGGUAUCAAAUAUUCCGCGGUCUCUAGCUAUCCACGCGCCUAAAUUGGUUUAUCUCGAUUUAAAGUGUGUUCACCCGGAAAUCCUCAUCUUAGACAUUCCAUCAGUGUCUACUUUGAAACUCACCAUUCAUAAGCUUGGCCCAACUGUCCAAGCUGAUGGCCUUGUGAGUUUGACAAAUCUUCGGAUCGAGUCGCUUGAUCUAGAUUCCCUCCUGCAGCUGUUUACAAUGUUCGUAAACAAUAGAGAAAUCACGACACUAGAACUUGAGCUACCUUCUUCUAAAAACGGCUUUGCACUAUACGAAGCGGUGAAUCCAGAGCUGUUCUCAAGAACCACUGAAGUCAAGUUGUCGCCAAGGUUUUCAUAUGAACUGAUGAGGCACAUCGUGUUCUCGAUGACCGCUUAUGACUGCAGAAGCUGUUUGAAGAAACUUCUUGUCCAUAUGCCUCCAUCGAUCCUUACUGCUUGUCCAUUUGUACCCUUGCUUAACAACUGUGCACCAUCGUGCGAGGUGACUGUUCUUUUCCAUGCCGAUUCCAGCUGUAAUGCUCGUCAAGCUGCAGCAUCAGUUUGGCCACUGGGGUUUCCAGAUAUCACAUGGCAAUGCGGUACUUGGCAGUAAGUAAUCCUGCAUAGAUGCUUCGUUUGAACAAUAUCAAGAAUCACAGAACUAGCAUCUUGGGAGAUCCGUUGUGAAUUUGAACUUGAAUUGGAACACUUGUUAACGCAGCAGCGUCUGAAUAGUGUUUUCAGCUGGUUGGUUUUGCCAUGGCAAAUUUUUAAUGGCCUGGUGUAUGCUUUUGUGUAGGGCAUGUAAGCAUGUUUUGCCGUAGUAUUGUGCGCAUAUGUUCCAAGAAAAGGAACUAGUCUACAUGUCUGCCUUACGAGAUUAUGUACUUGUCUGUUGUAUAUUACCUAUUGUACUCUAUAAUUUUCUGCGUGCUAGCAUUUGGAACAGAAAUAAAAUGAUCCGUCAGGCA